AGUUGAUGAAGUGGCGAAAACCAUUUGCUUUAGAUGCAAGAUGAAUAUGGCGUAUUCUUCUCAACGUUCUUAUGGCAUCAUCGUCAAUGCUGAUUCCCUCAGAGUUUACAACUCCGUAUUCGUGAUUAGAGCAUUUGAGACUACCCUUAAGAUCAUCAGGCUCAACGUAAAGAUGCUUUGCGACAAGGAAGGAUGUGGGAAACGUAACUAUGUUCAACGGGUGAUAAACAAUCUCCCAACUGUUUUCACGAUUGCACUUCAGUGGGAGAACAAUGAGACUAGCUGCGAUAUAUUUAGUACAGUUGCUGCUCUGGAAACUGAGAUAUGUAUUAGUGCCAUAUGCAGAUACGAAGGUGACAGCUUAUACACCAAAUACCGUCUGGUCUCAAUGGCUUGCUCGCAUGGAGAUCAAUACAACUGUAUAGCUUAUGAAAACAGUAGGUGGGUCAGAUAUUUUGGUUCUGAGAAAGAGGUUAUAGGAGACUGGAAGAGUGUUGUCAACAUUUUCGUAACGCACGAUAAUAUUCGACCCGAGAUUCUGUUUUUUGAGAGCGCUAGGCAGAGGGGCCAGGUUGUUUCCGGGCAGAGAGAUCUGGGAAAAUCCAGAAAGAUCAGUCCCAGCCAGAUCAUGGAGAUGAAUCCAUCAGAGGUUCAAGAAGUAAGGAAAUUCGAAGAAAUUGACCAAAAAUUAGAACCAGAACUCUCAGACUCAAACACAGAGGAAUCUGAAGAGAAGUUACUGAACGCCACUUCUGUUUCAGCUCUUGAUAUGAUACUCAAGUCUCUGUGGAAGAUUAGUGUUUUCUUAAGCGAUUUUUUGAGGAAUUAUGUUCAAGAAGCACAACACAACCUGACAGAUGAUGAAUCUGUUCUUCCACAAGACAUACUUCGUAUCUUCCUACUCGACAAUCUCAGUCUCACUACUCAUCCUCUGGAAGCAAACGGUGUUUCUAAGCUGUUUCUAAACAUCUUGGAGCUUCUACCUCGCUGGAAUUCGCACUUCAAAGUGAACGAAGUGGCGAAAACGAAUUGCGUUAGAUGCAAGACAGAUAGGGCGUAUUCUGGUGAAUGUUCUUUUGGUCUGAUCAUCAAUGCUAAUUCACUCAGAGUAUUCAAGUCUGCACUUGUGAUUUAUACAUUUGCGACUACCCUUAAGAUCAUCAGGCUCAACGCAAAGAUGCUUUGUGAAAAAGAAGGAUGUGGGAAACGAAACUAUGUUCAACAUAUGAUAAAUAAACUUCCAUCUGUUUUCACAAUUGCAUUUGAGUGGGAGAACAAUGAGACUGGAAAAGAAAUAUUCGAUACAAUUUCUGUCCUGGCGACUAAGAUAGAUAUUCGUAAGAUAUACAAAUACGAAGGUGACAGUCCAUACACCAAAUACCGUCUCGUCUCAAUGGUUUGCUCGCAUGGAGAUGGAUACAACUGUGUAGCUUAUGAAAACAAUGGAUGGGUCAGACAUUUUCGUUCUGAGAAAGAGGUUAUUGGAGACUGGGAUGGUGUUCUCAACAAAUUCCGAGAACUGUAUAUUCGACCUGAGAUUCUAUUUUUUGAAAACACUAGGCAAGAGGGGUACUAGAAGUUUUCCGCGCUGGGAUCUGAUGAUUAAGUGAGUGGCUUCCAAUGGUGCAGGAAAGGGAUUGAUGUAUAUACAAAAAUCAAAAUGUGUUCUGAGUCUAAGUCAAAGCCUUUACAGGAGUACGUAGAACAAUGUUUUGGUGGUGUUACACAACUGUGAACAGGCUUGUCUGUAUUUUGUUUUUGCCCAUAUUCAACAUCCUGUUGUUUAUGAUCGUUGAAUAUGGAUAGCUAGAUAUAUCAUUCUUCCAAAUUCAACACUUGUAACACAACUCAGUUUGAUGCAUUGGCCGGUAAGUGGUAAAAGAAGCUUUCUUUA